CGGCUCCCCAGCUCGCCGGCUCUGCCGCCGCUCUUCCCGCCGGCCGCCUCUCGCCCCUGGACCCCUGCUCUCGAGCUCUUCCACGCCGACGAGCACACAGCCGCCACGAUAAGGAGCGCAAGUUGUCUGUACAAUGGUCCAUUUCAAGAACAGGUACAUGGUAAUGGAGGUCUUCAUCGACGUGAGCAGGGGAGAGGUUGACCCCGUCAUCCUCACCCAGUUCAACAUAACCAAAGUGAUCAGAGACAGCAUCCAGCUCAACUUUGGGGAGUGUGGCCUAGCUGCAUCUCUUGGAUCAUUGCAAGUGAAGUAUGUAAACCCUCUGACAAAGCUUUGCGUAAUCCGAGUGUCGCGUGAAGAUCACCAGAAAGUGUGGGCUGCUAUCACAAUGGUUCGGAGCAUUGGGAAGAUCCCUGUGUCGUUCAACCUCUUGGAUGUGAGCGGAACUAUCAGGGCAUGCAAGAAAGCUGCCUUGGAGUGCGAAGAGGCGAAGUUUGAGCAGUACAAGUUGUCUGCUGGUGAUCGUAUCACACCAGAGAUUAUUGAGUCCGUGAAGAGUUGCCUUGACAAGUUAAGAGGGUUAGAUAGUUAGUGAAUUAAUGUUUGUUUAGUGCCAUUAGUCUGAAAAGAAGUGUAUUGAGUCAGUUGACACACUGUUUCUGGGUCAAAUUGUCCAACGUGGUAUCCAUUCACGGAUGUCUAUCUGGAGAGAACUUUGGGAGAAAGUUUUGUUUCACGGAUGUCUAUCUGGAGAGAACUUUGGGAGAAAGUUUUGUCUAUGUGUAAGUUAAC